AAAAAAAGUUGGAAGUAUGAUCGAAUGUUUUGAUUUAAAUAAUCAACAAAUUAAAAUCUGUAUCAGACUAUCGGAUUCAAUUUAUUUUGAUUUAAGUUGGUCUAAUCGAAUCAAAGUGGAUGCCUAAAAGCCUAAUUACUGGUGCAGUUGUGCGAGCCGCUAGGUUUACGUUUGCUCUACUGCUGACAAUUAUGACCAUCAGUUCCAUAAUUCUAUUCUAACACGAACGCCCGGAGCAUACCAACAGUGCCUGGAUCCUUAAAACUCCACUUCGAUUAUUCUGAGAUGGAGAAGGGAAAAGCAGUGAUGGGUAUGGGCCGGAAAUGGGCCGUCGAUUUCACCGACACGUCAACUUCUCCUACCUCACGCGACAUCUCUGAUCCUCCGGGCUUUACCCGCGCUUCUCAAGAUCAGGAUGAUUCAACUGUGAGCCGUGAAAAGAAAAACGCCGAAUCCAACUGGAAAGCUCAAAAAGCAUGGGAAGUGGCACAAGCCCCUUUCAAGAAUUUGAUGAUGAUGGGUUUUAUGAUGUGGAUGGCUGGAAGCACAGUUCACUUGUUUAGCAUAGGAAUAACAUUUUCCGCCCUUUGGCAACCCAUAAGUGCUCUCCAAGGUGUGGGGAAAGUAUUUGAGCCAUACAAGGACAGUAAAGUGGAUCUCCUGGGCCCAAAAUUACUAUUCAUUGCUUUAAACUUGGCUGGUUUAGGAUUGGGCAUCUGGAAGCUUAAUACAUUGGGUCUUCUUCCAACUCACCCAUCAGAUUGGGUGUCAUCCUUGCCACCUCCCCAGGAGGUCGAAUAUUCUGGUGGAGAUGUAUAUCUACACUAAAGACCUGCUAGUCUAGAUGUGAAGAUCAGAUAUCUUUAAAAGAAGCACGUUGCAGAACUUCUGAAGACUGUGAUUCACCUCUGUUUGUAAUAGUGAGCAAGAAAUAGUUUUUUUGGACUCCUUGUGAUUUAUUUAUCCAAGUUUAUUUUUCCAGUUUUUCCUUUUCUUUUUUAAGGAUUGUAAUCUUAUGAUGAUGACCCUGGCUGUUGUCAUCACUUUGGCAGUUUGACCAAAGUGAUAAUACUCACAAGUGUGAAAUCAUUUCAUAAAACUCUUCCAAAUCGAAGAGAAGUGUUUGGUCACUCUUUUUAAAUGCAGCACUUCCAAAUUUGACCAUUUAUAUAUUUAAAUCUAUAA